AAAUACAGAAGUAGUAACUCACUGAUUUGAAUUUGUUUCAUUCUCUCACUUCCUUGUGACAAACUGUGAGGUUUUUGUUCUACCACGUUCCUUUCUGCUCUCUCUUUUUGACUAAUCUCCGACUGCGACCACCAACAGAGUAACAACAUGAACGCUGCAUUCAUUCUCGUCUACAGUCUGUGUGCACUGCUCCACGGAGCUCAGUGCACAAGUCAAAAUGAAACUGUUCCCUCAACACAAGCCGAUGGAAGUUCAGGAGCUACGACUGACUCAUUUGAAUCCAGCAGCAGGAUGAGCACGGAGACACCAACCUCAGCCUACAGCACACAUAGUGCCACACCUUCACCUCGCCCACUUCGUACGACCACCACCACUGCCCCCACCUGGAUGAGCUACAGAAAAGAAUGUCUGAAUCUGUAUUUUGCAAUCGGCGGGCUGUUCAUAGUGGUCACCAUUCUGCUGCUCUCCACUUUGAUUCUGUCGUGUAAGGUGUUGCAGCUGAACAGACAAAUCAAGAUGAUGAAGAUGAGCCAGGACGGAGAGCUGAUCAGCAACUCUGACUACUGGAUGGGAACAGCCAGGAAAAACAAAGGCAAACCAAAGAUUGAUUCGAAGGAGACCAGCAUGUUGAUGGUGACUCAGGAAGAGGUGGGCUCUGAUGAUAAACAGGAACAUGAAGAGGGUCAGAAGGUAGACAAAGACACGGAGGCGUUGUCAAAGCAAACUGAUGAAUCCACGACAUCUGAAGCUGCGGAGCACGAGCCAAUAGACACACUGUAGAAUAUGUGUGGGUUUUAUACUUUCUUCAUUUUUAUAACAUUGAAAGUCCAGAGUUUUUGUUUUUGCAGUAAUUUGCUAAAACGUGCACUUGUCAAAUUUGGUUUUCAAUUCUCCAGUUCUUAAACAUUGUUGUUUUGUAAUUGUCUGUAUUUCACUGUUAAAAGUUUUAAGUCAUUAUUUAAAUUCAGUUGGAACAGCUUUUUUGUUUCUUUUUUUAGAGAUAGAGAUGAUAUUUUUGCUUAACUAUACCAUUUUUGAUGCAUUUCUUUAAUCUUUUGUUUGUUUCUUUUUUUAAUCGAAAAAUGUUUAUCCCCCUGAUUUGCACUCGGAUAGAAAUGUUCAUGACAAAGCUGUUGUUCCAGACUUUUACUUGAUGCCAUGACCUUUAUGGAUUUCCCUCUAAUGCACGUACACAAACAAAUAAAAUACCUUUGUACAAAUAUACAAAAUACAAAUAAGAAAA